AUGGGGAAGAUUGACUGCAGUGGAACUGCUACAGUUGUUGUUGACGCCAUUUCUGCUUCUGUUGCUUGUGCUGCUGCUGUUAUUGGUCUUGUUGCUCGAGCUGGUUCAGAUGUUGCUGGUUUUGAUGGUGCUGCCGUUGUUACUGAAUUUGAUCAUGAUGCUGUAACAAUUUGUGGUUCUGCAGCUGCUUUAGUUGUUGUCUCCAGGACAUAUUCACUUCCUGCAUGGUUGCUUUCAUUGCAGCAACUGGAAGUGGAAAAUCGAAGAUUACAUGCAAAUAUGACUAAACUUCAGCUAUCAUUCGAUGAUUGCUGUUCUAAUCAAACAUUAGAUGAUGAACCAGGACGAGAAGAAUUGCUAAAGCAGUACAAUCAGCUGCAACUUGAAGUUGACAGAUGGCGAGAGGAAUGCAUUCAGUUACACAGUAUUCUAGCAAAGCAAACUGAAGGUUUGAAGAAUGUUGCUAGUAUCAACUAUGAAAGUCAUGUACACUUAAUAAAUGAGGUUGUGGAGCUAGUACUGGCAUUUGAAGCACAGAAGAUAAACAGGCAGCUGGAAGACGAAUUGCACCAAGAGAAAAAUAAGUGGCAAGCAGAAAGAGAACAACUCCAACAAGAAAAUGAGCAACUCAGAGAGGAGAAUGAUAAUGAGCACAAGCUUUUGUCUCCAAGCUUAACUAAAAGCCCACAAACUCAAACUGAGGCUUUUAUGCAACAUGAAAUUAUAAGAGUGACUUCAGAAAAGCUGGUUCUUCAAGAAAAACUAGAUUUAGCUAAAGAGGAACUUUCAAAAUGCCAGAACAGCAUAAAAUUGCAAACUGAAGUGCUGAAGGAUGCAGGGUCAACUAUCUACACCAUUGAAAAAGUUACUAAGAAAGGCCAUGAUGAUAUUGAUAUAAUCGUUUUGUGGCUUUCAAAUACUGUGAGGCUUCUGCAUAAUCUGAAACAGUACAGUGGAGACAAAACAUUCCAAACUGAAAACACAUCACUACAGAAUGAACAGUGUCUACAGAAUUUUGAUCUCACUGAAUACAGAGAAGUUCUUUCAGAUACAGCUGUAGAAAUCUACCAGAGUCUUGCUUGGCAUAUACAAGAAAAGAUAGAGCCACUGGUGGUGCCAGCUAUUCUUGAACAUGAAGAAAUAAGUGGCUUGACAAGCCAGAUACCUAGUGGAAAGAGAGGAAGAGCUGUGUUGUCAUCAUGGGAUUCUGAGCCAUUUUUGGGUGUACAGAAGUCAUUGGAUGCACUCUUGCAGGAACUAAAUUAUAUCUAUAAAAUUAUGGGGAACAAUGGUGUUGACCCAGAACUUACUGUCCAGAUAUUUCGGCAGUGUACUGAUGUGCCAACCACAUUACAGCCCAUAAUUCAGGCUGCCCACUUGCUACAGGCUCGUAAGCUGGAUGAAGAUGUUCAGCAUGUAUGCAAUAUGUGUGAUAAACUUUCAAUGUUGCAGGCCACAUUGCUGAUGGACACAAAAUUCAUGUUCCCAGUAAGAUUUCCUUUUAAUCCAUCAAAAAUCCAUCUUGAAGAUAUAGAAGUACCAGAGGUGUUGAACCUACCAAUGCUAAAAAAAGUUUAA